UGAUGAUCGGCAGAUGAUGAUAAGACAUGGCCUACAGGAGGAUGAAAAUGAUUUAACAGCUUUAUAUGAUGCAGGUCAUUGUAUGGAAUCCUUCACGGUACCAUUCAGAGGCGAACUUAAGCCAGCAACAAUAACACCUUCUCCUAACACGUCGUUGAUGUGCCCAGCACCACCACCAGUGCAUGAGGGGCCUUUGUGGCUACACUCCCUCAAGCAUGGGGACGUCACUAUCACCGUGAACCAAAACAGUGUGGCUACAGUCCCCACAUGCAAAGCCAUCUAUGGCGCCAUCACCUCAUCCAGGGCUAUUAAUGGCUACGGACCCACGUGCGGGGCUGUCUAGGGCAUUGUCACUGAGACUGUUGUGGCUGCAGUCCCUACAUGGGGGGUCGUCAACAUGGCCAGGGCCUUCAUAGGGUGAGUUCUCACCUGCAACGCCGUCUGGUUAUAGUCUCCAGCCAGCUUGUAGCAGCCAAUAGAAGUUAAUGAAAACACAAUAAGAUAGGCACCAUUGUGCCUAAUGAUAAGGCUUAAUUUAAAAAAGGAGGUAAAGUGAGAGUUAGUAAACUUAAAGGGCUUUUCGAAAAAGGAUAUACUGCUAAUUGGUCAACAGAAAUUUCUGAAAUCAGGAUGUGAUUCAUUCUCAUCCAGUCACAUAUAAGUUGAGAGACUUAAAUGGUGAAGAAGUAAAAGGAAAUUUUUAUGAACAAGAACUGCAGAUGAUAAA